AUGGAGGUGGAGAAGGUCCCACCCAGACCCGAGCACCCAACUCUCCUGAAGGCCUACAAAUGGCGCACGACAGCACCCAUGGGUGACCACGACCCCCAGGGGAACACUGGGUCCCCGGGCAGCCGGCGCUGGGCCCGCUUGCAGGGGUGGAAACGUUCCUACAGCCAACCCGAGUCUGGUGGCCUCCACGAUGAUGUUGGGAAGGUCACCCCCAACCUGGGGGCACCCAAGGCCAGCACCCGGAGGUCCCUCUUCCGACGGGCAUUUUCGGCGCCCUCCAAGGGGACCAAGGAGACGCGGGGACCCGAGGGUGGCAAGGCCACCCUGCAGAAGUACCUGAAGUCCAUGUCCAAGAAGAGGGGUCACCCGGAGAGCAGUGGUAGAGCUGGGGAGGUGCUCCAUGAUGAGGGUGGAGUGCACACCCAUGGGCCGUCCCCCAUCCCACUGACCCCAGCAACCCCCACUCCGGUGUGGGACGUCUCCAACUUCUCGCUGGUGGAGAGGCACCUGGUCCUGGUGGCCAGGGAUGAGGAGAGCAGGAGCAGGACCGGGAGCUCCAUCUCGGAGGGUGCCGCCAGGAGGGACCACGAGCCACCAUUGGACACGAGCAGCACCCGGGGUGGGGGCAGGAGCCCUGAAACCGACUCCUCCAGCACCUCCCAAUUCACCAACGGGCUGCUAUGGAAGAGGCUCCGGGACAGGAAAAGCCGUGGGAUUCCCAAAUCUGAGGUCCCCAAUGGCGAGAGGUUGCCCCCGGUGCCUCCCAGUGCAGCCGAACUGGACCUGACUGGGGCUGACGUCAUCGUGCGGCCCCUGCACGGCAGCGUAGUGGGGGAGAGAUUCAGCUUCCAGGUCAUCACGGGCGAGGGCAGCCACUCCUUUGGGUGCUCGUCCCUGGCCGAGCGUGACCGCUGGAUCGAAAACCUGCGCCGCGCCGUGCACCCCAACAAG